CAUUCUUCCUAACAACCGUUUUUGCUUUCCUUCUGUUUCUUCGCCUGUCUCCUUUCCGUUCACGUUCUUCCCCUUCUCUUUGGACGCGUUUUCUGCAUCGACGUCCAUCACUGCUUCGAUCUGAAAAUCUUUUCCUAGAUCCCGCAUUCUCUUCUCAGAUCUCAUUACUUGGGUUCAUUUAAUCCAUUUGAGAUCCUCAUUUUUUCCUGACGUAUAAUCUGUGACUAUCCAUACCUGAAUAUCCAAAAAUGGCGACCAUGACGAGCUUGAUCGGGCUUAUCAAUAAGAUUCAACGAGCUUGCACUGUCUUGGGUGACCAUGGUGGCGAGGGUUUGUCCCUCUGGGAGGCUCUUCCCUCGGUUGCCGUGGUUGGUGGCCAGAGUUCAGGGAAAUCGUCAGUCUUGGAAAGCGUGGUAGGAAGAGAUUUUCUGCCUCGUGGAUCUGGCAUUGUCACACGGAGACCCCUAGUGCUGCAACUUCAUAAGACAGAGGGUGGGACGGAAUAUGCUGAGUUUCUUCACGCCCCAAGAAAGAGAUUCACUGACUUUGCUGCUGUGAGAAAAGAAAUUGCAGAUGAAACAGAUCGUGUUACUGGAAAGACAAAGCAAAUUUCUAAUGUUCCAAUUCACCUCAGCAUAUAUUCUCCUCACGUUGUAAACUUAACACUCAUAGAUCUCCCUGGACUAACCAAGGUUGCAGUAGAGGGACAACCGGACACUAUUGUUGAAGAUAUUGAAAACAUGGUUCGAUCUUAUGUUGAGAAGCCAAACUCCAUUAUACUAGCUAUUUCUCCUGCAAAUCAAGAUAUUGCCACUUCAGAUGCUAUAAAACUUGCAAGAGAAGUUGAUCCUUCAGGUGAAAGAACAUUUGGAGUGUUGACUAAACUUGACCUUAUGGAUAAAGGAACCAAUGCUGUUGAUGUUCUUGAAGGAAGGCAGUACAGGCUGCAGCAUCCUUGGGUUGGAAUCGUGAAUCGUUCACAAGCUGACAUAAAUAGAAAUGUUGACAUGAUUGUUGCUCGUAAGAAGGAACGUGAAUAUUUUGAGACAAGCCCUGAAUAUGGACAUUUGGCGCAUAAAAUGGGCUCAGAAUACCUUGCUAAGCUGCUAUCCCAGCAUCUGGAGCAAGUUAUCAGGCAGAAAAUACCUAGCAUCAUCUCCUUAAUAAAUAAGACCAUUGAUGAGCUUAAUGCAGAGUUGGAUCGCAUUGGAAGGCCUAUUGCUGUUGACUCAGGAGCCCAGCUGUAUACUAUUUUAGAGAUGUGUCGUGCAUUUGAUAAAGUUUUUAAGGAACACCUGGAUGGAGGGCGUGCUGGUGGUGACCGGAUAUAUGGAGUUUUUGACAACCAAUUACCAGCUGCUUUGAAAAAGCUCCCGUUUGAUCGUCAUCUUUCUUUAAAAAAUGUCCAGAGAGUUGUUACGGAAGCUGACGGGUAUCAGCCCCAUUUGAUUGCUCCGGAACAAGGAUAUAGAAGACUUAUAGAUGGAUCUAUCAGCUAUUUCAAAGGCCCGGCUGAAGCCUCAGUGGAUGCCGUUCAUUUUGUUUUAAAGGAACUUGUACGGAAGUCAAUAUCUGAAACUGAGGAAUUACGAAGAUUUCCAACACUUCAGUCUGACAUAGCAGCUGCAGCGAAUGAAGCAUUGGAAAGAUUUCGAGAAGAAAGUAGGAAGACAGUUCUGCGGCUGGUUGAUAUGGAGUCUAGCUAUUUAACAGCGGAAUUUUUCCGGAAGAUUCAUAAUCUUGAACCAGAAAAAACUCCUAAUCGGCCUGGUCAGGACAGUUUCACAGAUAAUCACCUCAGGAGGAUUGGAUCAAAUGUUAGUGCCUACAUCAACAUGGUUUGCGAUACGCUAAGAAAUUCCAUACCAAAGGCUGUGGUUUAUUGUCAAGUAAGGGAGGCUAAGAGAUCAUUGCUGAACCACUUUUAUGUUCAAGUUGGAAAGAAAGAGAAGCAGCAGUUGGGGGCCAUGUUGGAUGAAGACCCAGCGCUUAUGGAGAGGAGAACACAAAUAGCUAAGAGGCUUGAAUUGUACAAACAAGCCAGGGAUGAUAUCGAUGCUGUAGCUUGGAAAUAAAGAUUAUAAAGGCCUGAUUUUUUUCCUCAUCUACCCUAUGAGAAAGAUGUGUCACCCAUAGAAUUUUUUAUUUUUUUUACUGCCGUUCUUGAUAUUAUUAUUUUCUAUUUGUAAUUCAAAAACAGAACAGGCUGGCUGAUGCAGGUCGUAUUUGUACUUGCAUAUAAUCGUUCUGCCCUUGUUUGUAUAAAGAUACAUCAAUGUUGUGAUCUUAUGAAGCCAACGAGUUGGUUCUGUGUGA